CGGCGGGCCGGGCCGGGCCGGGCGGAGAGGAGGCGGCGAUGGCCAUUGUUUGCCUGCGGGUGUUUUUCCCCCUUCCUCCUGCUCCGGUUCCGUGCACCGCACAGUUAUAAAAGCAAAAGCAGGGCAGGCGAAGACAUGGCCGAGCUGGGCAAGGGGGUCACCGCGGGCAAGAUCGCCAGCAACGUGCAGAAGAAGCUGACCCGGGCGCAGGAGAAGGUCCUCCAGAAGCUCGGGAAAGCCGACGAAACAAAAGAUGAGCAGUUUGAACAGUGCGUGCAGAACUUCAACAAACAGCUGUCAGAAGGCAGCAGGCUGCAGAAAGACCUUCGAACUUACCUGACUUCCGUCAAAGCAAUGCAUGAGGCCUCCAAGAAGCUGACCGAGUGUCUGCAGGAAGUGUAUGAGCCGGAGUGGCCCGGGAGAGACGACACGAACAAAAUAGCAGAGAACAAUGACCUCCUCUGGACAGAUUUCCAUCAGAAGCUUGUGGAUCAGGCGCUCUUAACCAUGGACACUUACCUUGGCCAAUUCCCGGACAUCAAAUCUCGCAUCGCCAAGCGGGGAAGGAAGCUCGUGGAUUAUGACAGUGCCAGACACCAUUUUGAAGCCCUACAAACCGCGAAGAAGAAGGACGAAACCAAAAUCGCCAAGCCUGUUUCGCUGCUUGAGAAAGCUGCGCCUCAGUGGUGCCAAGGGAAACUACAGGCUCAUCUCGUUGCUCAAACUAAUCUGCUCCGAAAUCAGGCUGAAGAAGAGCUGGUAAAAGCUCAGAAGGUGUUUGAGGAGAUGAACGUCGAUCUGCAGGAGGAGCUGCCUUCACUAUGGAAUAGUCGUGUUGGUUUCUAUGUCAACACAUUCCAGAGUAUAGCGGGCCUGGAGGAAAACUUCCACAAAGAAAUGAGCAAGUUGAACCAAAACCUCCAUGAUGUCCUGCUGAGUCUAGACAAGCAGUGCUCCAGCAAUGCCUUCCCUAUCAAAGCUCAGCCAAGCGACAGUGCCCCUGCAAAAGCAAACAAAAGCCCUUCGCCUCCACCGGACGGGUCCCCGAUCACCAGCCCCGAGACCAAGACUGUCAACCACGAGCCGGAGCCGUCCUCCUUGGAGACGCCUGGGGCAGGCAUCCCAAAGUCGCCAUCUCAGUUGAGGAAAGGUCCUCCCGUGCCGCCACCUCCAAAACUCACCCCGUCCAAGGAGAUCAAGCAGGAGAACAUCAUCAGUCUGUUUGAUGACAAUUUUGUCCCUGAGAUAAGUGUGACCACCCCCUCGCAGUUUGAUGCCCCUGGGCCCUUCCAGGAGGGAGCCAGCCUGUUGGAUCUGGAUUUUGAUCCCAUUAAACCAGAUGCCGGUGUGGGGAAGGCACCCACACCCGUCUCCCAGUCUAUCCCCUGGGAUUUAUGGGAGCCUGCAGACGCCGCUUCCGGCGGAUCCGAAGCAGCUGGGACAGCAGCAGCGGCAGCUGGAGCCGAAGCACCUAAAACCGAAGCUGACUCAGGAUCUGGCUCUGGCUCUCUGCCUGCUGUAGUUGUGGAAACUUUCCCAGCCACUGUCAACGGGACCGUGGAAAGCAGCGGUGCCUCCGAAAGGGCCGACAUGCCACCGGGCUUCCUUUUCAAGGUCCAGGCCAUGCACGACUACACGGCCACGGACAGCGACGAGCUGCAGUUGAAGGCAGGCGACGUCGUGCUAGUGAUUCCCUUCGAGAACCCCGAGGAGCAGGAUGAAGGAUGGCUGAUGGGGGUGAAAGAAGCUGAUUGGCUCCAGCAUAAGGAACUUGACCAAUGCCGGGGGGUUUUCCCGGAGAACUUCACGGAGCGCGUGCAGUGAGAGCCCGGGUACCAGCUGGUUCUUCUGCAGGAAGAAAGCAAGUUUUCUGGGAGAUGGUUUAGGAGGAAAAAAAAAAAAAGAGAGAAUUUUUAAAGGAACAUAAACCUAAGAAGUGUCAACUUAAUGGGUGGGUUCUUCUCAAAGGGCAAGGUUUUAGAAGUAAAAUUGAAUUCAAAGUGUUAUUCAAAUAUAUACAUAUUAAUAAUAAUAAUAAUAAUAAUAAGGCAAGACAAAUACCCCUUCCCCCCUUUGAUUUAACAGCAUUUGAAUUCAGAGGGCUGAUUCAGAAGUGACGCAGUGUGGUUCCAGUAUGUACUGUGUUGGCUGGAUUUGGGGGAUGACGGUUGGGUACCUGGGAAAGGCGACUGUCCCGGAGACGGGACGCGCCGAUGACUCCCGGGUGGGUGGGUUCAGCUGGCUUGUGCUUGUGGCUGCUGGCAUGGCAUCCGCAUCCCUGACGAUUCAGACUCCCCAUAUGUUAGGACCUUUGGUAGGCCAAACAUCCCGUUAUGCUGUUGAAAAGACAUAUUUAGUGUACAGUGUUCACCAAUAUGAUGUGUGUGCGUGUGUGCGUGUGUGUGUUUUAUUUGCUUCCUUUGAAAACGUAACACGAACUGUGAUUUUAUACAUUUAAAGAACAAACCACCUAUGUUACCUGGGAGAGCGACACUCGGGAGGCAGCGCUCGAUCCCAAACUCCCCAAGACGCGGGAGGUGGAGCAUCGCAGCGGUCGUUGCCUUCCUGUGAAAUGUUACUUCAGGCAGAUCCUGGAAAUUAAGACAUUAAAAAAAGCUGAAACUCUGGAUUGGUUGGCACAAGUUGUGAAAUGGAAAAGAAAAAGAAACCCGAAGUAGAUUCGUAGCUAUACGGAGAGAGAGUGGUGGUCCCUGAGGCUUGCGGUUUAGCAAGUGCACUUUUAAGGGCAGGGGUGUGAACAGGAAAGUUUACAAAAGCGUAGCUGAGAAAACCAAUCUGCUCUCUGUGUUUCUGAUUGUGGGAUGCUUAUUUCUGGCUUUGAAGAAGCCUGUUAGACCUGCCUCCUCCACUGCUGUGCUGGGGAAUAAGUCAAAGACAGAGAAAAGCAAGCCAUUUUAAUCUUUACGUAAGAGCUGCAUGACUUUAUCCUAUCCCCAUGAGUUAGAAAAGGAGGGGAUAACAACAUGCCAUGUUCUAGUACUGACAGGAAUCUUCCCCACCAUUUUUAGCUCCCGGUUAGUUUUCUGGACUUGGUUUUCUUUUAAGCAACCAGGCUGCACGGUGUUUACAAGGGGCGCAUCGUGCUUGGCAAAAUCAACAGGUUCGAUCCUCCGAGACCCGCACGUCCCACAACGGUACUUUAAAUUUAUACUUGAACACGGAUGCCGCUGGGCAAGCAGAUCAGAUCUUUUGUUAGGUCGUUCCCUUCUGCCCCGACUCCUUUUUUUUUUUUCCUUUAAAGGGACCCUUAGGGGUGAGGCUACCUCUUGCUCUCCUGGGACAAGAUCACUGUAUGAAACGACCCUGCUAUUUAAUACCUGCUGGCAUUACCUGAGCACGCCCAGGAUGUUGGCCCAGUGACACUACUGACCCCCCCUUCUCCGACACGCUCGGAUUUGCUUGUAGGAUAACAGGAAAACCAUCUUUCUAUUAUAGGUCAAAAGUGGACUUUUCUUCUCUUCAAGGGUCAGAUUUUGAUCUCGGUUACACUCCUGUGCGUUAAGGAGUGCUGGCGUUGUAUCUCUUUUAAGUAUUAUAGCUAAGUCCAGUGGGCCGAUUUCUGAAUCCUGCAUCGGCGUAAGCGAGAUCAGACUUGGCCCUUUGGCCCCGUCUCCUUUCCAGAUUCUCUUUGUUUUCUUGUUUGUGUUUUGGGGGGGAAAAACACUUGCUGCAAUGGAUAGUCCUUUCUUCUUUCCCCUCUGCCGCACGCCCAUAUAAAAACGACAGCAUUUUAGAGCACACGCUCACAACACCGCAGCCCUGGACGCAGCGGGUGAUGGUGCUGUGAGCCGCUGCUAUAGCAUAUUCUCCUAUUUUUUUAAAUCAAGGUUGUCUUGAUCAUCCCACCGUCCUUUCAAAGCUCUAUUUUUAUGCAUUUAUAUGAACCCAGUUACUCCUUCAAAGAAUAAUGUUAGAAAAAAGUUAUAAAUUUAUAUAGAAAUAUAUAUAGAUAUAUAUAUAAAAAUAUAGCAUAGUGGGUUUAUCCAGUUUACCAUCAAACUCUUGGCUUAAAUGUGUUUAUUUUUAUGCAAAACCAGUGAAUUAUUCUAUCUUCUUUUUUUUUUUUUUUUUAAAUAUGACAAGAUUAUAAGACCCAGAGCUCCAGUUUGUUUCUCAAGUAUUCAUUUUCGUGGUGAGGAGCACCGUAAGAAGCUGUGCCGACUUCUAAUUUAUUGUGGAUUUCUUUUUUGUCUUCUCUUUUAAAAACCAGCAUGUCACAAGAAAAACCCUUUCUUAGGACUUUUCAUUGUAUGGAGCUUGCAAAGCAUCUAUCCAGUACUGUAUUGUCCCUCGCAGAAGUGGCACUGAGCAUCUGCAUGACGGGGAUGUAGCUUUCAGGUGUAUUUAAAUGCGCCUAGGCACUGCUAGAGGGAAGUAUUGCUCCAGAAUAAAAUGGCUCGGAGUAGAACGCAUGUUCCAGCCGCACAACGUGCAUCCCACAAGUCCGGGUCCUGCAUUACUCGGUGGGACCGUAGGGUAGCUGAGGAGUGCAGGAUUGGACCCAGGGUUUUCAUAGGAGCUGCAGCUUAGUAAGAGGCUGCUGGAUAUUGCAUGUAGUGUAGUGCAGCAAACGAGCCCGGUUGAAGCCCUGGUGUAGCUCACCAGAGAGCUCCAUUGAUUUCACCGCUGUUACACCUGCUUUGCCCCAUGGCUGUAUUUGAUCCUCCCCAGUGAGACGAGCCCCCAGUCUGUGCUGUGCUGGUUUAGUACGACGUGAGACAGCAAACUCCCAAGCAGAGCUGGCCGCGUCGAUGCUUGCUCAGUUCGCUGGCUGAACUGAAAGAUAAGGAACGGUCGGCUUACCCAGCAGCGCAGCUCGGAGUCGAGCCGUUCAGCCCCAAACAAAACACUGCGGCGUGUUCUUGGGGGGAGCCUUUUCACUUUUGGGAGUCGUUUUCCGCAUGUUUGGUUUUGAGGCUUGUUUUGAAAAAGCUAAAACGUUGCUUAAAAAAAAAAAAAAAAAAAGGAACAUUUUGCAAAAAGUCACAAUGCUUCAGUGUUAUUCAGCAUGGCCAGUAGUCUUGAUCCUCCCCCAAACCGCGUUCUGUGAAUGACCGAUUCAUCUGAAAAAGGUCACCCAGUUCAUCCCCGCCCCGCUAGCUGCCACAGCAGGCACAUUUCUGGUCUGAGGGCUCCAGGUAAGCUACAUUUUCGCUGGCUGAGAAGUUGCUGUUGGAGAGUUUCACUGGAUGAAUAUACGAGUGUUUCUCAUCCCUCAUCCCCAAAUAGUGUGGUAGGCAGAAUAAGGAAGGACCUCUUGCUCUUCUACUUUUAUCCUAGCUCUGUGCUCCCCUGGAAUUGCCUCGCAGUGUCCCAGAGGGCAAAGAUCACACGUUUCUAUGAUAAUGAAGGAGGCAAACAUUGUUCGCCUUCCUUCUGCUUCCAGCUUCCUUGUUAAUACCAGCAGUAUGAGUUUAUUAUGUGGAGGUCGAGGUUACAGGCCAGGAUGUCACUUGGAGGAUGCGUGGCUCCCACCUUGUCAGGUUCACCCUGGGGUGGCUUCUCUCACCUGCCUGCUAACGAUGGCGGGUGCAUUUCUUGGCUAGGAGGACCAUUGAGCUAUUCCAAGCACUCCAUGCUAGUCAUCCCUUGUAUCCAAAGGCCGUUUGUACACGCCAUUUUUUUGCCCUUUCUUGUGCUGCAGCGGCAUGACUGUUUGCAUGACCGGGUUUUCCGGACGCUUUUGAAGUCUUUCUAGUGCAUUAAAGUAAAACUUCUUGGGCGCAGUUUAGCUUGGCUCGCUGCAACUUAAAAUGUUGCAUCCAUGGAUUCAUUGCGUGCAAACAGAGGCAUUCAAAGACAUGUAAUGAGCCUUUUUUUCUACCAGAUGGCACUGCAACUCUUUUGUAGUUCACCCCUUAGAAUUGCUUCCGUUUCUUUCUUUUUUUUUUUUCUUGUGCCAUUUGCCAGCUCCCUGCCCCCAGCUGUGUGUGGCAGGACACGGGGUGGGGGGCCCUGGACUAGAGGGGGCGGAGGGGCAGAGCUGGACCAUCUCACGCUCCUGUGGUUCCGGCCAGGGACUGGACUUAAAUCGUUUGAAAACCUAGUACAUGCAAACACUGAUGUGAUGCUCCAAAAUAAACAUGUUUUAAAUGUUAUAAACCUAUUUAAUUUAAUGAGGAUUAAACCCUGUGGUGUGUACAGGCGCCCAAAGGCAGUAACUCAAACCAAAUGCCUGAAAAUCACUCAGCCUGCCUUUUCACUUGAGAGCAGGACUUUCAUCUGGCUCCUAGGCAAUGAUCGUCUUUGCUGCCUCGCUUCUCUCAGAGCUGGAUGUGCUGCCCUUUGAAGUCGGGGGUUUUCAGUGGGCUUUGAAUCAAGUCCUGAGGGCUACGGCUCGAGGUGGAUUCUGUCUAUCGCGCUCAUUUAGUUUCACGGCUUCCGCUUAAAAUUGGAAGUUUUGAGGAGAAAGCGAGGGACUGAGAGAGAGGCCUUGGGUGCACAGGGAAAGAGGUAGAUCAUCCCCUGGCCAUUUCUGUGUGGUGUGCUGGCUGCAUCCUGGUGUCUGGGGGGGCAAAGUGUCUCUUCCGUCAGGACUGAGGGUGAAUCCUCCGAGCGGUGACAAUGGCUGGGGCUAAGGAGAGGGCUGCAGGGCAGAGUGCUGGAGCUUCUCUUCUCCCUGCCUGAGCAUUUCCUCUCUCUUUUAUACCUUUUCUUUUUCUAUUCUCAGAGCUCACUUCUCUUGUCACUAGCAUGGGUAUUUUGGGCACAGCAGGGUCCCUCCAGCAAGGUGCCCAAGCCUCUUCUAUAGGGGGCCAAAUGCCCUCGACUCUCCUUGACAUCACUGAGGUGCCUUGGCCCCUUGCAGGAAGGGCUUGGGCUCAUCCAGACUCAGGACCUGUGUGCUACCAUUUCCACCCCGGUCCCAGUGCAGGGUGAGGGCUGUGGAUCAGCUCUUCCCCCAGAGCAAAUAUUGCCAAAUAUUGCCCUCCCUUUCCUAGAGGAUCCGACUCGCACUGAUCUCAUCUGAGCAGACUGACGGCCCCUUUCACCUUUCAUCUUCUGUGUCAUGAGAGCCUAAUCCUGAAAGGUGCAGAGCACCCACAGCCCUCCUCAGGGCAGUGGCAGGUGCUCGGCACCUCCUUGGAUCUGUCCCAUUUUGGUCCCAGAUCAGCACAAUGAAGCUGCCCAUUCUGAAGUGCCAUAUGACUCAGUGACACGCAUGCCCCCGGAUAUGGACUGUGCUGCCCUGGGGCCUGUGGGCCGCAUCCAGCAUCAAUUCCACCCCACCUGUGCAUCCGUCACCCAACUGGAGUGACACCUGGGUGCGGUUUGACCCACGGGCUAUAAAGUUCCCCUCCUCUUCUGUGCUAAAUGGCCUGUCUCCAGUGGUGCUGGGACAGAGGAGGGGAAAAGAGGCAGGGAAAGCCCUGCAGAGCCCACAGCCAGAAGCAAAGUCAAGCCCCGAGUCAGUGUAAGGGUCGGCUGAGUCUUCCCGCACCUUGCUGUUGCGCGUGCAGGGGAGUCUGCAGGGGCAGAGCGUCCCAGAUGAUGAUGGCCCCGUCAGUCUUCUCCCCAUGGGGGUUGGCCAACAUGGAUGUAGCUGUCUGUGUGCAAUACUGCCAUAACCAUGUUGCACCCGUGCUGCUCGCUGACAGCACCCGCGGCCUUGCCUUUCCCCAGCAGGGGUUGGCCCCUGGGUGUAUUGCCCCCUUUGGCCCUGCCUGGCUGUUCCCCACUGCUGCAUUCCCCAACUUCCCUUGGACGCACGAGGCGUCCACAGGAUGUGCACACUCCAGGGGGGCAGCUCAGGCCCCUGAAUCUCCACUGCCACUUCCAGGGGAUUGAGUGCCUGUCUGGCAGGGAAAGGACACCCUGUCUCUUCUCCGUCCCACUCGGAAGCAGAUGGGUGGCAGUGCUGGGCCAGACUCUUCAUGUUUUCCAGUCACUCCUGUGCUGCCACCGCUGCUGUGACGGGGCACGUGCCCAUCAGUGGCUGGGCGUCUGGGAUGGUUUAGGAACCACAAAGCCUGUCUCCGUGCAGGGACCCGGACUAGAUGACCCCCGAAGCCCCUUCCCACCCUGUAGGUCUGUGUAGCUCCUGUCACUCAGCAAGCAACAUGCACUGCAGUUAGAUCACAGCUGCUAUCAGAAAAGCCAACCUAGGGAUUGCUUAUUAGGGCUGGCAGAGGCCUCUUCUUGCCAUAGAGACUCUGUGUAGCAUGGCUGGAAAACGCUUCACUCCAUAGGUCCUCUUGGAGCUUGGGUCCCAAGCAGCAAAUGCCCAUGCCAGGGGGUCUUUCCUGUAGCAUGGAGGCAGAUGCUUGGUGAUGGGGCACCUCGCGCAGAAAGCAAAUGGAAAUGUGACCUGCAAAACAGGCCCUUCACGUGUCCCGUUCAGAGCGGCGUGUCCGUACCGUGCUGCUCGCUGGCAGGGACACCCCGGCCGUUGUGAAUGAAAUGAUUGUGAGAGGGUCAUUGCAACCUCCUGGCUGCAAAUCUAACUGGGGAUGCUGCGGCUUUUUAAGAUUGUCCCGCAUUGGCUUGUAUAUGGAUACGUCCUCUGGCUACACGAGCUGUCACCUGUUCCUUGAGCAUCUACCGCUGACGCUGUCUCCUAGCCUGUGCUUCACGACUUGAGGUUUGCCAGAUGCAACCCUCGGUUUCUUAUUUCUCCUCUUUAACUGAACCCCUGGCCAUGACUUUGACGAUGUAUUGGCUAUCUCUUUUCCUUCUGUUAAUUCAGUCUCUGAGUUUAAUUGCAACGACCCGAGAAAUGUUUGGUUUUUGGAUGUUUCAUUUUUUUUUUUUAAUUUGAAUUUUUGUUUUGUUAUACAAAACAGAAGCAAUCCCCAUUGUAUUCAGAGCUGUGACUCCCAGUUCCGGUGACAUGUACUCGAUGGAUUUGUCCCAUUUGUUUCUUGGCAAUGUUCAGAAAUAUAAUUUGUGUCAUCCUGCA